GAGAGUUACGGCAUGAAAAAGGCGUCGAAGUUUGCGCCAUGGCAAGGAAUAUCAAUGUGGAACUGCUCAGUGGCAAGGUUUGCACCCUAGCAGCACGCCCAGACAUGACCAUCGGAGACUUAAAAGAGGAAGUGAAGGCGUUUCAUCCAUCGGACGAUGAGCUCACCAGGAGACUCAGCACCGUGGAGCUUGUCGUUGACGGGGAGAAUCUGAAUGAUCUUCAGAUGUCCGUCUCAGAGUCUUUCCUCGACUCUGCCAAAGUGCAGGUUGUCUUCUACGUCACGCCAGCACUUGAGUGUGCCAGCGCAUCUGGCCACAAUGUGCAGGAGGUACGUGACGUACGCAUCCCCAACACUGAAACAUUCAUCCGCCCAGCUGCUUUCGCAGGAUGCGGUAGCUUGUUGCGACUUGUCAUCCCGGAGUCUGUGACUCAAAUUGGGAAUCAUGCUUUUGCUGAUUGCAGCUCGUUGACAACUUUGACCAUCCCGGAGUCUGUGAUUCAAAUUGGGGCUUCCGCUUUUGCCGGCUGCAGCUCGUUGACAAGUUUGACCAUCCCAGAGUCUGUGACUCAAAUUGGGAAUCAUGCUUUUGCUGGCUGCAGCUCGUUGACAAGUUUGACCAUCCCGGAGUCUGUGACUCAAAUUGGGAAUUCUUCUUUUUCUGGCUGCAGUUCGUUGACGACUUUGACCAUCCCGGAGUCUGUGACUCAAAUUGGGGCUUCCGCUUUUGAUGGCUGCAUCUUGUUGACGAGUUUGACCAUCCCGGAGUCUGUGACUGCAAUUGGAGAUGGUGCUUUUCGUUAUUGCAGCUCUUUGAGUAGUUUGACCAUCCCGGAGUCUGUGACUCAAGUUUGGACUUCUUCUUUUUUGCGCUGCAGGUCGUUGACGAGUUUGACCAUCCCGGAGUCUGUGACUCAAAUUGGGGCUUCCGCUUUUGCUGGCUGCAUCUUGUUGACAAGUUUGACCAUCCCGGAGUCUGUGAUUCAAAUUGGGGCUUCCGCUUUUGCUGGCUGCAGCUCGUUGACAAGUUUGACCAUCCCGGAGUCUGUGACUCAAAUUGGGAAUUAUGCUUUUCGUCAGUGCAGCUCUUUGACAAGUUUGACCAUCCCGGAGUCUGUGACUCAAAUUGGGACCGGUGCUUUUCUUGAGUGCAGCUCUUUGACGAGUUUGACCAUCCCGGAGUCUGUGAUUCAAAUUGGGGCUUCCGCUUUUGCCGGCUGCAGCUCGUUGACAAGUUUGACCAUCCCGGGGUCUGUGACUCAAAUUGGGAAUUAUGCUUUUUGUAAUUGCAGCUCUUUGACGAGUUUGACCAUCCCGGAGUCUGUGACUCAAAUUGGGAAUUCUUCUUUUUCUGGCUGCAGCUCGUUGACGAGUUUGACCAUCCCGGAGUCUGUGACUCAAAUUGGGGAUUUCGCUUUUGCUGGCUGCAGCUUGUUGACAAGUUUGACCAUCCCGGAGUCUGUGCAGACCAUUGGAAAGCACAUUCAUGGUU